AUGAUAAGCUUUUCCAGGGGCGUCUUUGUACGGGAAGUGUCUAGCAAGUGUGCGGAUAGUGACUGGUUGUACAGCAGUCAGAACACAAACAAUCCGUCGCGCCCUUAUGGGCUGGCCAAAGCCGCUCUUCCGGUAGAUGUUCUCUCUUGUAUCCUCGAUAAGGCUGCGCUGACAUUGAAGGAUCUGAUCAGAGUGAUGACUGUAAGCAAAGCGUUCUACGAAGCCGCGAAGGGCGUGAAAGAGGUGGAAUUCUUCUUCAAAUGCUUCAAUUGUGCGGAGCCUGAAAGACCCUGCUUCCAAGGUUCAGUCACAAGGAUAUUGAGGGAGGCUAAGAGCGUCAAAGCACUGAGAAUGGAGUCGAGAGAGCGCACGUGCCAUGAAUGUGUGGAUUCCAUUGAGGAGUCAGCAUCGCACAAGUUUCAGGACUGGGAAGAGAUGGUUGCAAGCUGGAUUGGGAUUCUUAAGGAGGACCUGGAGGAUUUUGUCUACUGGGAGGAGUUUUACAGCCGGUUUGAGCAUCCAAGGUUUGGUAGUCUUCUUUUUGGGGCUAUCUCGCACUGCAGACUUCUGAAACGGAUCGAGCUACGAACAGCAGUACCCGAGAACAUCAUGGAUCAACUCUCAAGCAGCUGGUUGCCACAUGGCCUCCUUGAGCUGUCAUUCUCAGGCUUUGAAGAAGGACAUCAGAAGCUGAUGAACACUCUGACGAAAGCUUGCCCCUUCUUGAGAAAGCUGUCGUUCCUGGGUCUGUGGAAGGGAGAUCUGUCCAUUGAACUCAACUUCCUGGAGUCUCUCAAGGUUGCAUACGUCUACAUGUACCAUGGUGUUCCAAUGAACCUCAACAUCAAAUCUGCUCCAAACCUAAGAGAUCUGGCAAUCGAGUACCAGGGAUCAAUUGGGGAAGUUGACGGAGCCAAAAUCUUGAUCCAUAAGCAGCCGCUUGCCGUGAAGACCCUUUCAGUGAAGAGUGUGUCCUGGAAACAGACAAGUGUCCUGCUGAGUAGCUGCCCUGACGUGCAAGAUCUCACCAUUGAGCACCCGCGCGAGAAUGGUGUAUUCUUUCCGAAUGCGCGGACAAGAUUGGCGACCGUUCUUGGGCAAGUCACGCAGACCAACAGAGAAGUGAAGAAGCUGCGGCUUGCAAAAGUUUCCGAUCCCAGCAAUGAUUCGAUUGACAAGCACGGUCUGGGUUUGGCGAGGCUGAGCGAAGUCACCUUCGUAAGAUCUGAAAAGGUCGACUUCCUUAACAUCCGUGAAUGUCUUGAGAGCUUCCUGCCAAAGUGCCCGUCGCUGAAGUUGGUCAAGUUCGCUGGCCACGGCCUGCGCGAUUACGGUAGCGACUCAGAAGGGGAGCAGGAAGGCAAGAUAGAGACGUUUAUGAGCGACCUCAAUUCUCUGCAAGCAAGCUUUCCAGGGGUCAAGUUCGAUUUCUAG